GUGUUUUCGCUCAUCUUUUAUUCCCUCCUAUCUGCUUACUGUGAGUGGUGGAGGAAAAAGAAAACAUCCUCUCCUUUCUCUUGAGUUCCUACUUCUCUUCCUCUCUUUUUGUUGUGCAGGAAACUCUACAGCAGUUGCAAUCUCGAGUUUGGUUGGAUCCCUUCUUCCUUGUGAGUCCAAGACUGCGCAUCAAAUCAGGUGAGUUCUUCUUUUGAGGGGUUGCUUGGGAGCUCAAGUCCUUUGUUAUGCUGGAGGCUAAGGAUACGAGAAGGCCCAGUAGCAGUAAAGCUCUUGGGCUACCAUUUGUGUUAGAAGAUUUAGCAAGAUUGGAGAAGGCCUUCUUCAGAUGUUAUCCACUAAAAGCCCUUCAGACCCUUCAUGUUCCUUCAACCUUCCUGCACUGACAACUGAUGAGAGUGCUCCCCAAAGCCUCGCCAUCCCUGAAGAGACACCAACUCCUAAUUUCUCCAUAAGAGACUAUGUGUUUGCAUCAAGGAGCAAAAGCAUCGGGACGAGCUGGCCGUUUAAGCAGCAUUUCUUGCAGCUUUACUUGAAGCACGGUGUCAAAGAUCUAUUGCCACCUUUCGAACCUCCAGGUUUGGUGAGAUUUCGCUGCUGCAGAAAGGGAAUAGAACCAGGACGGCCUGUUGCAUGCUCGGCGGUUGAACCGAUCCUGCCUCACGUCGAUGCUCAAGGGGAUGACCCUGGUAUCAGACAGGACCCGUGCUCACUGUUAGAGAACCCACUUCCAGAUGGGAAUUCGAUCGCUUGUCAAGGAAUUAGUCAUGAUCAUGUUGAUGCAGAAAUUGGCCUGAUAACAAGCGAUGACCAUGUUAAUGUUACUUCUGGUGAGAUCGGUGGACUUUCCUGCUCAUUAGCUGUAAAUAGAGAUGCCUCUGAAGCACAUUCGGAAAUAGAUAUCGUUGAACCAACCAAAAGACUCGAAAGCUCGCGUGAAGUGUUAGGCAAAAGGUGCAAGUUGGUAGUCAAAUUGGGCAUCAUCUCGGAGAACAGCCGAGCAGAGGACGUAAUAUCUAACAGUAGCACAGUUUCAGAUCCAAUGGCUUCAAAGGUUUGUCCGGUUUGUAAAACAUUUUCUUCGACUUCAAACACGACUUUGAAUGCUCACAUAGACCAGUGCCUCUCGAUGGAGUCCAACACCAAGUUGGUUUCAAGCAAAUUCCUAAAACCAAAAGUGAAACCGGGGAAGAAAAGGCUGAUGGUGGAUAUAUACACCACUGCUCCUCAUUGUACACUCGAAGACCUUGAUAAGAGGAAUGGAACAAACUGGGCUGUUGAAUUGGCAUUUGUGACUGCAUCGACUGCUGUGAUUGAUAUAGAGACCAAGAAACGGAAGUUAUUACCAACAGAUUCUAGUGAUGACCUAAAUGAAGGGGCGGUAUAUGUUGAUUCAAAUGGCAUAAAGCUCAGGAUUUUAUCCAAGCUUAGUGACACAGCACAGCCCAAGGAGGAACUGAAGGUUCGGAUACAUGAAAAAGUCACAGAGACGAGCAAGAGUAUUUUUAAUAGCAAGAAGAAGCAUGUCACAGCAAAGUACUCAAAGAAGAUGAAAAUGAAGGCACAAAGUAAGAAGUUGAGUUCAUUCAAACUGUUGAAAAAACAGAUUCGAACUGCAUCCGAAGGAGAUCAUAAUACAGAAACUCAUCCUGAUAAUGUAGAAUCACUUUUACAUAUAUCAGAUCCAGGAGAGCUCACCAAGUGCAGUAGGUCUGCAUCUUUAAGACAGUGGAUUUGUUCAAGACGAUCACAUGUCUCAAAGAAGCUUGUUAGGAAGAAUGUCCAUAGCACCACAGAUGCUGCUGUACCAGUUACUAGGAGUAGGCUGGCUGAGUGUAGCCAACUGGAUGCUGGCAAUUCUUUUGCUGCUAUAAGUCACCACUUGAAGCUUUCUAGAUCGUCUGAAGACUUAGCCAACUUUCAGAAAUCAAACAAAAAUAAUUUACAGUUUAAAAUGGUUCACUCCAUGGAUGUUGGCAUGGAAAAAUCUGAAAGCUCACCUAUCUCAAGUUCCGGAUGGUCACCCAAUAAUAGUGUAGAAAAUGGUCGUCUAUUGAGAAUAUCAAAGUCGUCUGUGAAUUUGGUGGCUACUUCCAGAAGGAAAACAAACGAGAUUCACAUGGGGAUUCACCAUCAAUCAGAUAGUUUUUCUGAGAAGACAAACAUGACUGCAGAGAUCUGUUCUACCUCAAUGAACGUUCAUACUGUUUCAAAUCUGAAGAAGAAUAACUCACUUAGAAGAUCACCCUUGAACUUGGAAUCAAGAAAAGUUGAUCUAAGUGAGAAACUAUCUACCUGCAAAAGGUUUCGUAAGCAUAGAUCCAUUUUUAGGAGUGGCAGAAGUGGAGCAGAAUUUCAAUCUACAGCCAGUAGACUGCAUGGUUCUGGUGUUGAUAUUUUAGGAACAAGGGAAUCCCCAGGAUCUUGUGAACUUGAUCAUUCAAAGAGUGUCACAGUAUCUAGAGUGAGAGAAAUGAUGAAUUCGGAAUCUCCAAGCAGGAAAGAUCUCCCAGAGUCCACGGAAAGAGAUGACAGAAGCACCACAGAAGAGUGGAAAAACAGUACAAUGAAGAAGCCAUGGCCUGGAACUGAAUGCACUGGUCCUGAUGUUCAAAACCUAGAUAUGCAAGUGGAGGUCUUGGGCAAUGAAAAUUAUGUCAGUGAACCUUCGACAAGGGUGAAUUCUGGUAAUCCUCUUUCUAAUGACACUGUGACUUCAGAAAACCUGCAAGCAGCCUGUGGUUCUAAAUUAGAGCCUCCUCCAUUGGUUGAACAUGUUCAGUCUACGUCCAAAAGUGAAGUCCAUGUGGAACGAUUUGUACAAAGAUCUGAGAAGCAAGAGUUGAGCUGUGAUGACAUAUCCAGACAAGAGAAUAAUGGCCACAAUAUCCAAAUAGCAGAUAAGAUGGAACUCACAAGGGGGAAAGACACCUGUGUAGUUUAUCCUACAAAUUGUACAGUUGACACCAUGUCCAUCCAGGAUUCUAGUGGUUGUUUGACUAGUCAUGGGGAUAUGGAGCCUGAAAUACCCGAAAAGAGCACAUCAAUAACCUCAGUUAGAACAAUUGAAAAGGGUGCUAUGAAUCUGGCUAGUGACAAUGAACCAUGUGGAUCACCUGUCUCAACUGCCUCUACCAUAUCUCUUCCUUCUCCAAAAAAUUCCAAUUGUCGAGAUUCAGUGGCUGAACCAUUUGCAAGUGCUAUUAAUGCUCAAGAUAAGUUUGGUUCAGUAGUACCAAUUACUGAAAACACCAUAGUAGUAGCUGAAGGAAGAGAUAAUGAGAGAAAGAAUCAAGAACUCAAGGUGAAUCUGCCAGCAAAUGAACCUGAUCGCUCAGUGGAUGACAAACCUUUCUGUUGGUCGUGUAGGGAGAGCCUUUCAAGAGAUUCUCAAUUGUUAAGACAAAGUACUACACUCAGGACAGCCAGGGGAAAGCAGGUCUCCAACUUAUUUGCCAGGCCAAGAGUCUCUUCUUCAUUUAGCUCGUAUCAGAAUUGUAAAUCUAAUAACAUGGUCAGCUCCGGCUUGCAACCAUCUGCUCUAUCUACUUCUGCAGGUAAGGUUCCAACUUGCAGUGACUUGGGUUCUGGUACCCCAUCAUCUCAUUCGGAGAACCAGUCAAACUCCAACCCGAUACUUAGGUUGAUGGGUAAGAAUUUGAUGGUGGGGAACAACGAAGAGUUUGUGCGACCUCAAAGUGCAGUUUUGGACUAUGCACCACGAGCAACCAUCUUGUCUUCUCUUGGAUAUGCUUCAACCAACAAUCUCUUGGAGCAGGAGAAUUUUCGAUGCCAUCACCAGAUUUUUGGUGGCUCUGCUGCCUUUGAUCCAGCUGUAUCAAUGGGUGGGCACCAGUUUCCUGUGUUCAUGCUGCCAAGCACCCGAGUGGCUGGUUUUUCAGUGACACCCCUGCACACUGCUUUUGUGCCAAGACCUGAUCGGCAGACUCAACAAAAGAAUGGUUACAGAAGGCCCAACACCUCUCAAGCGUCUCAUAUGAUGAAUGAGGUGAUUGUGAUUGAUGACUCUCCCGAAACUGAUAAUAAACCAGUUACUAGUCUAAGAAGUCCAACAAGUACUUUGCCUUUUGCUACUUCAGGAUUGAAUCAUUUGUCUCAAAGACCGAUGUCCUACUUUUCCUCACGAAGCCACAUUCGGGAUCUUCCUGGUGGUCCGAGACACUUGUUACCGAAUCCGUACACUGGGGUCAAUGCUAGUUUGAUGAAGCGAGGUGGCACUUUGGAAGGCCACAGCGGUCUACCGCCUGGCCCCUUUGUGUUCCAAUCUGCUACAACAGCUCACAUGAGGCCAUCAGUUUGUUACUCUCGGACCCUGCGCUGAUCCUACCUGUACAAAGUGCUUGUGGAAUAUGUUUCUUCUCCAGUUCUGCUCUGCAGCCAUCUCUGCCUGAUCCAAUGAAACAGCAGGCACCAAGAAAGGUCUGUCUUGAAGCUGAGGUUACCUUGUCUCAGACUUCUUGAUAUAUAGGUCUUCUUAAUAACUGUGAAACAUCCAUCAGAACAAAAAGAAUGAAACUUAUAUAAGAAUCUGACUGUUAGAGUUCUGAAGUGGGUUGUGUAUCAAAAAUUGAUGUUUUAAAGACCUUGUUGGCUGCAACAGAAAUCCUUUCCUUCAACA